AUGGAGAGAAUGGAGAGAGAGCCAGUAAAGCGACCGCCGCCAAGCGGCAUUCCCCGUUUAUCGAGACUACCAUUGCCCACUACAGCGGCGACGAAAGCGAUUCGACCAUCCCCAUCUCGAGAACGACUCCAAGCAGACCAAGGUCUGAACGUUUCACGGCUCCGCAGGCCAUCGGAAGAUGUGUUCAAAAAACCCCAUCUCCCACCUCCUUCACAACGGAAAAUAUCAGAGAACGUAUCUGCACGCCGAGAAUCGUAUUAUAAAAGCCCAUCAGUUAGAGCGGCAGCUUCCAUGGAAAGUCUGUCCUCAAGGCGCAAGUCACAGCUUCACCGAGUUGAGACGGAGCCUUUAUUGGAAGAGCGCACUGUUGAGACCCUAGCGCAGAUCCCCUCAUCUCCAACCCCUAGCAGGAGACAAUCGGACUUUUUCAGGCCUUCCAGUCCAAUACGUUCGCCCUCUCGCCCGUCAUCAAUAAUCUAUGAGCAACCGACAUUGGAAAUGGCGUCUACAGCAGCAUUGACAGCAAGACUGCCGGUGGCCGAAGGAUCAUCAAAGCCUAUGACACCAAAAAGGUCAGUCGGCAAGCUACGUGGUGUUUCUGGCGCUGCUAGAAAAGCCAGUCACAACAAUCUUAAAGAAGAUUCAGCAGUUCCUUUGUCUCGCACACCAUCCUAUGGGGAUGUCAAGUCAAUACCACUCCGGAAUUCCACCUCCCGAAAAUCCUUAAACAAAGCGUUUGAUCACUUGAACUCCUUUACGCUCGGUGCUACCGGAGUCAGAGAUUCUUUAAGGCUUAAAGAGCUUAAACACAGAAACGCCUCCUCUACCCGUUCCUCCACCCUUACCUCCCCAACAUCAAUUAUAUCAAAAGCUUCCCAACGGACUUCAGUCACAUCUGGUAGCAAUUGUUCUGAUUCUGUCGCAACAACUCAUGACUCAAAAAAGGCACCCAAGUCAUCGAGUGCCUUGCGAGAAAGCAUUGCAAAGGCAAAAGCUGCCCGUAAAUUUAUAAAGCAAAACAACUCGAAGGUUGACUUCGCUGAUCCAUUUGAUAAUCUAUCCAUAAAAGAUCCUUUCUCUCCAAUUCACAAUGGGGGUUCAAAUAAAGAAGUUCUAAGGAAUAGGACAAUGACAGCCCGAAAGUCAGGCUCCUUGAACAUUGCCGCCUUAGGCUUAAAGGAACUCCCUCAUGAAGUGAUGACCAUGUAUGAUUAUAAUCCCGAAAUCAAUGAUAAUUGGUAUGAAACUGUGGAUUUGGUCAAGUUAAUGGCGGCCGAUAAUGAGUUCGAGUCUCUUGCAGAGGAAGCUUUUCCUGAUAUUGACCCGUCUGACAUUGAUUUGGAUGAAGACGCAAAAGGCAACCAAUUUGGUGGAUUAGAAGUUCUUGAUCUCCAUGGAAAUCUUCUUACCAGCCUUCCAAUAGGCCUAAGGAAAUUGGAUCGACUUCAUUCUCUGAAUUUAGCAAAAAAUCGACUUAAUAUGGAUGCGAUUGAGGUUGUUACGCAGAUAAUGAGCCUUUCAGAGGUAAAGCUGGGAAACAAUGACUUAGAGGGCAUGCUUACUCCCCAACUUGGUUCUCUUCAGAAGCUCGAGGUACUCGAUCUUCGUGGUAACGCUUUGACAGGUCUGCCCGACAAUUUGUCGGACCUAACGGCAUUGCGUGUGUUGAAUGUUGCUGAAAACCAGCUGACAUCCCUUCCAUUUAGCGCUUUGUCAAAACUGCCAUUGGUUGAAAUAAAUGCUCAGAAAAAUAGACUCCAUGGCAGCCUUAUCCCAGCCUGGAUUCGUCGGAUUGAAGGACUUCAAGUAUUGAAUAUCUCAGGAAAUGCUCUAGAGAAGCUUUCCGCAGGAGAUACUUUGGAGCUGCCAAGCUUACAGCAGAUGUUUGCCGAUGCAAAUCGUAUUAAAACUUUACCAAACGUGUCAUCCUGGAAAUCGCUCCUUACGUUAGUAAUGGAAGACAAUCAGUUAUCUAACAUACCUCAGGGAUUCACUGAGUUGAGGGUUCUCAAAAAUGUUGAUUUCAAGAGCAAUAAUAUCAGUACACUUGACGAGAAGAUUGGAUUGAUGGAAAAUUUGGUAACCUUCCACAUCGGAAAUAACCCUCUUCGAGAUCGCAGGUUUCUUACUUUGGAUGCAGAGGAUCUCAAGAGAGAUCUUCGCACUAGAUGCUCUGCAGAGGAGACUCCUGAUGCUGAAGAUGGUGAAAGUUCAGAUCAUACUGAAUUCACACUGGCACCGGAGGACCCACAAACCUCGCAUAUGUGGCAAUUGAAGUCCGGGGGAGUUUUGGAUCGUUCAUCCACUGAACUUUCUCGCUUGGCAGCCGAAGAUUUAGAGCAUCUCAUCUCUAGCUCGGAAAUCCGUUGUCUUUAUCUUCAAAGCAAUCGACUGGAGAAAUUGCCUACUACUGCCUUGUCCCUGAUUUCCCACUCUCUAACCGAUUUGGAUCUUUCGAAUAACCCCAUGGAUGGCGAUAACUGGAUAUCAACUCGGAUUGAGCUUGCUCAUUUACGGAAUCUUAAUCUAGCCAGUACCAGAUUAAAGUCUCUUGAUCCUCUCCAGAAGCUCCUCUUUGCACCGUUGUUGACAUUCUUAGAUGUCUCUGGCAACCGAAUAGAUGGUGCCCUUCCAGCUAUGCGUACUAGCUUCCCGAAACUAAUCACUCUUCUGGCAUCUGACAACAAAAUCGAGGCUUUAUCUUUCCAUGCGGUCCAAGGGCUUCAAACACUGGAUGUAAGUAACAAUAAUAUUGACAGCUUGCCCCCACGACUUGGUCUUUUGGGUGUCGAGCACUCCGGUGGUCUUAGGAGGCUGGAUGUCUCUGGAAAUAGCUUCCGGGUCCCAAGAUACCAGAUCGUGUCCAAGGGUACCGAAGCGGUGUUGGAAUGGCUGAAAAAUAGGAUAACACCGGAGGAAAUGAAGGAGUGGCAGGGUGAUGUUGAAGAGGGCUAG